AUGCAGCUGGCCGGAACAAGGGCCAAAAUACAACCAAAAGACCAAGACGUGGUCGCUCGGAAGAGUCUGUCCGCUCAGAGAGUCAAGCAGGACAAAGCCGUGCCAAACAACCGCACCGCCGUCCUGCAGCUUCUCCAGGUCAUCAAUGUGAAGCUUGACAACCAGGCACCCAAGCGGCAUAACAGCUACGCCCGCGAUCUUCCGCAGGCCCUGCGUCCUAUCGCCGUCACCGCGACUGGCGGUGCGCAUCCUGUGGGGAGUGUUCCGCAGCUUCAAGAUGCAGGCGGCAUAUUCCCAGGCACGGUUCAGCAGCUGUUAACCCUGAGCCCGGCUCAGCUUGAUGAGUUGCGAGCGUUUUACAACGAUGACUUCGGGAACCAAGUAGGUGACGGGGUUGAGAUACAGCGCCACAAAUUCGCUAUGUACAUCGGAUGGUAGGUUCAACCGUCCUUGCUGGGUUUUUUGGGAGGCCCUGUCAGGCGUUGCCUCGGAUAGCAUAUGCACAUGGACUGC